GAAAGUCUCAUUGCCAUACACCAUGCCCAUAUCCAAAACCGUCUUCAUUUCUGCCACCCUCUUCUCCUCCCUCGUUGCCGCCGCCGCCUACUACCAAAAUAUCUCCCCCACGUCCCUAGGUUUUGUGGAGGAGAAACUAACUCACAUCCGAUUCUACUUCCAUGAUGUUGUUACGGGCCCAAAUGCUACCAUAAUCAUUUCCAUAAGUCCACUUAUGGGAAAAUCUAAGGCCCCACUUCCAUUCGGGUCCUUGGUAAUGCUGGAAGACCCGUUAACUGUGGGGCCCGAACCCGAUUCCAAACUCAUUGGAAAGGCGCAAGGAUUCUACACAAUGGUGACACAACGCGAGGACAUUGAUUUAGAGCUUGUGAUGGGUAUGACCAUAACAUUCACCGAAGGGAAGUUCAACGGCAGCACGCUCAGCCUCUUUGGCCGGAAUUACAUCUUUGACCCCGUUAGAGAGAUGCCGAUCGUUGGUGGAACCGGCGCGUUCCGAUUCGCGCGUGGGUUUGUUCGUGCUAAGACUUACUCAGUGGAUUAUUACAAAGGUGAUGCUGUUGUGGAAUAUAACGUGUACGUCUUCCACUAUUCAAACCAAGGCUUUGAUGCUUCUACUCCUCAAGAGCGUUUUAGCAAUGGCUUUGAGUUCAUGACUGACCCUAUUCUUGGCAAAAUAUAAAAGUAAAAAUUUUCGGGAAAAGGAGUUAUGCUAUAAAAAUAAAAGAAAAAUUAUAUUUAUACUAUAUUUUUUAUGCUGAUGAAAGUGUAUUUGUAUUCAUAUAUAUAAAGUUAAUACAACUGCAUUUGACUAUUCAGCAUUUUUUAUAUAUCUUUAUUAAUGAUAUAGAUUAGAAGACAAAGUUUUUUAUGAUAUAGAAGUUUUCAAAUGUAGCUAAGGUUUAAUUAUAGUUUAAUUUGAAUAAACUACGUAGUGAUAAUGACCCUCCUGGCGUCGUGUUCUAAAUGUCAUCGAUCAUCAGCACCAUAUAUCUAUUGUAAAUUUGUAAUAUUAUCGUUAAUUAUUGUCGUUUUACCCUCAUU